ACAAAAUGAGAGAUGACAAUCAAAAUCAAUCCGAGCCGUGUGUGCCAUAAGUCUCCAGUGCUUGCUUGCUGCCAUUUGCCUAAAACCCUGCAAAACCCCCAACCUCCAUCUUUCUACCUUCCACCAAUGUCAUCAGCGUCAAGAUUCUUACUCUUUGGCACUUCGCUCUUUCCCCGUACAACUCGUUAUAGCCAUCCCCAUAAAACUCUCUCCCCAUUUUUCUCCUUUAAACCCCUCCCUUCCCUUCAAUUCCACCUCUGCUGCUCUUCCUCCACUGCAGCCACCGUUGCUACAGCCACUACAGAUAACACAGAAACCUUGAACUCCCUUCUACAAGAAAGGAAACAAAAACAACAUCCGUGGCCUGAGUGGGUCAUUUUUGUUGAUAAAUUGAAGGCCAGGGGUUACUUUAUGCAAACUUCUACAAAAGAAGAGGAUGAAGAUACUACUAGUGAGAUUGCUUACACUGACAUGAAUCAAUUAAAGAAUGCUUGCCUUAGCUUUGCUCGUGACAGAUAUGAUAUUUUCAAAUCAUUGUCUAUACCUGAUAUUCAAACAGUUGUGGAGAGUGGAUGUCCUAAUCUGCUUCGAAAAGUUGUUAAUUCAGCUAAAAGAAUGAGAGCUUACGUGCAAAAGGAUGAAGGGGAUGCUUGUGGCACUUGUACUCAUCGGGGUUUUUGUGAUAGAGCGUAUGUGACACUAAAAGGUAAUGACGCAGAAGGUCGUACCGUGGACAUAGUGCGGGUCUUAAUGUUCCAUGCACUAGAUCCAUUUGUUAUUUCAGGAGGACAGAAAUCUCCUGGUAGUGAGCUCAUUGAAACGUCUGCAAGGAAGCUGCUUUCUGAGUUGAUUGAAUUAAGUGAGACACCCCAAGAUCCAGCACUACCAAAGCAUAUUCCCAAAGCCUCCCAUAAGAAGGAGCGAGAUGUUGAUUUCAUGGAUGGCCAACUGUGUGAUAAUGUCGAAAUGAAGAAAGAAGAUUGGAUGUGUACCAAAUGCAACUUUAUGAACUUCUCAAAAAAUAAAAGAUGUCAAAAAUGUGGUGAACAAAGUGCGAAGAAGGAUGGUGAUAACAAUAUUGAAGCUAAGAAAGGAGAUUGGAUAUGCUCUGACUGUGAAUUCGUGAAUUUUUCUAGAAAUAUAAAAUGCCUAAAGUGCAAAGCAGAGGGCCCAAAGAGGCCCGGUGUAGAUGAUGUGAAAAUGAAGAAGGGAGAUUGGAAUUGCAACAGCUGUGGGUUCAUGAAUUUUGCUAGCAAUAAGACAUGCUUACGUUGCCGAGAUCCACGCCCUGAAAGAAAGACUGGAGAGUGGAACUGCCCAUCGUGUGACUUCCUGAAUUUCAGUAAGAAUAAAGUCUGCCUAAAGUGCAAUUGUGUGCGCCCCAAAAUAAUGGCCGGAGAGUGGCACUGCCCAUCGUGUGACUUUUUGAAUUUCAGUAGGAAUAAAGACUGCAUCAAGUGUAAAUGUAAGGCGCCCCAAGGAAGCAACAACCGAAUAUGAAGAACAGAUAUGGAAAAGCCCUUGUUAAGUUAUUAGUAGAUAGAGGAUGCAUGAUGCAGGAGGAUCUGAAUAGUAAAAUAUGGAUAUGUUGCAUUCACAUCACCUGGAAAGCCUGACUUGUAUAUUUAUGGAUAAGAUGGACUUGUGCAGGCCCAAGAAAAGGUCUGAUUGUGCCAAAUGACCUGUUUAACGGAAACAAACAUAACUUUUAAUCUAA